AUGUCCCUCCACAACGGCGCAUACAGCCAUCAGGGCUACUGCGCGCCGCCAUACAGCCAGGGAUAUCACCACCCACCCGGCGGCCAGAUGUACUCCGACACCUACACCGGCCGCGACAGCACGCAAAUCUACUACACCCCCGACAACAACCCUCCCAGCACGGCAUCGUCGACGCGCAGCUCGCAGCAGCGGUACUGGUACGGCCAGCCGGACACCCGCCGGUACAGCGGCGGAGGAUGCUCGCCCGAGUCGGACCGCUUCAACAGGAAACGGAGGCGGUGCACGUACAUGUACUACGUCCUCCGCCAGCUGGCCAUCAUCGUGCCGCUCGUCGUCGUUUUCCUGAACGUCAACAUCUACGUGUCGCGGAGAGGGAAGUAUCUGAACGAUUCGACGAGCCCGAGCGAUCCCAUCUUUUACGCCAUGUGGCUGUCCGUUCCGUUGUCUGUGCUGUUGAUGAUUUGGUCCAUUACGACGGUCAUCUUUCGCAAGCGGGAUGCGGCGCGCGGCGGGAUCCCGAAGCAUUUCCAUUUCGGCAUGGAGUUGUGUUUCUCGCUCGGCGCGACGAUUUGCUGGAUCCUGCUGGUGAUCCAGAUCGAGUCGAAGAAGUCAAACGGAUACUACGCAUAUCCGUAUAUCCAGUACGAGGCCGCGUUGGCAUUUUUGCUCGGCCUCAUCAUGCUGUCUGAAUUCGGUCUUCUGGGACGGGCAUGGUUCGAGUUCAGCAACGACAGGACGCGGCAUGAGAGCGAGGCCAUGGUGCAGGUUUGA